AAUCUCCGUUUUGCCCUUUCCCUCUUUCUCCCCGUUUAUCAUUCCUUGUUUCCCUUUCUCCUCUACUCUCACUUCACACUUUUUAUAUUUUUGUAACAAACUCAUCUAAUCUCUGUAAUGGACGUGCCUUGAAGUUACCGCUCUGCUCACGUUUUUACUGCUUACAUUUUUACUCUUCUCACCAGAGCCGCAGUUGAUUUUCAAGGUUUAGAGGCAAAUUUAAGUUGUGGUAUCUGAUGUCUCCACCUUUAUUGAGUGUUGAGGGGCUAGGACAGGGAAAUGUGACACGAAUGGCUUCACAAGUUACUGUAGACUCUCCUUCCCCUGCUAGCUUGGAAUUCAAAGAACGCAAUUACCUUGGAUUGUCAGAUUGUUCCUCUGUAGACAGCUCACCAGCUUCGAGCGUAUCUAAGGAGAACCGGAGCAAUCUAAAUCUCAAGGCUACAGAACUAAGACUAGGUCUUCCGGGAUCUCAAUCCCCAGAACGAGAGCCAGAACUAAAUCUGCUUGGCACAUGUAAACUCGACGAAAAAGCUUUAUUUCCAUUGGCCCCUUCAAAAGAUGGUAUCUGUGCAUCUACACAGAAGACUGUUGUUUCUGGUAACAAGAGGGUUUUCUCUGAUACCAUGGAUGGUUUCUCAGAAAUAAAAGGACCUUCAUACACUGAAGGAAAUUGGAUGUUUAACCCAAGCAGGACUGAUUCUGAAACUGCACAAAACGGAGGACUUGGAAAGUUUUCAGGCAGUGCAAAUAUCAAUGUAAUGCUAUCAUCGGGUUCAUCAGCUGUGACACAUGCUGCGAUAGUUAAAGAAAUUCCUCAGAAAGCAUUAGAAGUUGGGCAUCAUUUGAAAGCUGCAACUACUAAUAAAGUGAAUGGUUCCAACAACAAUACUAGUGCACCUGCUGCAAAGGCACAGGUAGUUGGAUGGCCUCCCAUAAGAUCAUUCAGGAAAAAUACACUAGCAACUAGCUCAAAGAACAAUGAAGAAGUGGAUGGAAAGCCUGGUCCUGGUGCUUUGUUUGUGAAGGUCAGCAUGGAUGGUGCUCCUUAUCUAAGGAAGGUAGAUCUUAGAAUGUAUACUACAUACCAAGAACUCUCGUCUGCUCUUGAGAAGAUGUUCAGCUGUUUUACUAUUGGUCAGUGUGGAUCCCAGAGUACUUGUGGGAAGGAAAUGUUAAGUGAGAGUAAGUUGAGAGAUCUUUUGCACGGAUCAGAAUACGUGGUCACGUACGAAGACAAGGAUGGGGACUGGAUGCUUGUUGGAGAUGUUCCAUGGGAGAUGUUUAUUGAUUCAUGCAAGAGGCUGAAGAUUAUGAAGGGCUCUGAUGCUAUUGGAUUAGCUCCCAGGGCAAUGGAGAAAUCCAAAAACAAAAACUAGCAUAUUUGGGCUUCAUGACUAAUUUUCAGCUGCUUAGUUUGAAGGGUGAUGAGUGGGCAUAAUAUCAGCAGAAAUGGCAAAAUUACUCACGCCUAGGCUGGUGGCUGAAAUGUGGAUUAUGGCCUAGUUUCCUUGUUUGUUUGUUUGAUUGCCUCAGCAAAUUUCUUGUGUAUUCUGUGUUUGUAGUAGGUCUAAAAUUAUUAUUGUAGGGACUUUCCUAUGGUAAGAAGUCGACUUUGUGAAAUCUAUAUUUCCUUAUAGCAAUUUAAGAUUCGAAGUGCAUUGUAUUUUCUAUAUUUGUGGUAAAACCUCUUCCGGUGCUUCUGAGCAGUGUGCCUUUAUUA